AUGCUGACGCGCUGCGCCAACCUGGUGUAUCCCACGUCCCGAUGGCCCACAAGUCCAUCUCCCGGGCAGUGCCAUCAGCAGUUACCACGAAUGCCUCUGGAGCAAAGGCCGUCCCGCCUCCCCGGGAGCCCCGCAGCACCGCGCCUCGCUGGCACUCGCUUCCCGGGCACUCAGUGCCAGCGGGAUGAGCGGUUUUACCCAAGCCUGCCUCGCUUUGGUCGGUUUCUGAUUUCGGGGAAAGGGAAGGGGGAGGGAAACGCCUGGCUUCAGUUCAGGAAACGCUCGGGAGGUGGCGAGUGCCGCCAGGCCGCCCCGUUCCCCCUCCGGUGCCCGGGGAGACCCGGAGCGGGGAGCCAGGAGCGCCCGGCAGUGCGGGACCUGGGCGGGGAGGCGGCCCAGCCCCGUCCGGCCUCUCGCUGGGGGUACCACGUUUUAACCACGUGUGUAGAAACAGGUCCUUGCAUUGUGUACCGUCUUCCUCCAUCCCUUCUCCUCCCUCUCUGCUUCUCUUCGAGGGAAACUGAAUCCAAACAGUGCGAUGUCGAGAGCGCGAAUAAUCAGAGAGAGUCGAAUAAAAUUGUGCCCAAGAAGGAGGUGGCCAAGGACGAGACACCGUAUUGUCAAAAUACGGACACCCAAGCGCUCCCGUUCGCAGACGCAGGUCCCCUGCAGCGCGCUGUGCGCACGCUGGUGACUCUGGACUACUACCUGUACGGGCAGCAGCGCAUGGAGAUCAUCCCCUUGAAUCAGCACACCAGUGACCCCAACAACCGAUGUGACAUGUGUGCUGACAACCGCAAUGGUGAGUCCCCCAUGCCCGGGCCCCUCCAUUCCCUGCGCCGGCUGGUGGGCACCAGCAGUGCUGCUGCAGCAGCCCCUCCGCCUGAGAUUCCAGAGUGGCUCCGGGACCUGCCCCGGGAAGUGUGCCUGUGCACCAGCACAGUGCCUGGCCUGGCCUACGGCAUUUGUGCAGCGCAGAGGAUCCAACAAGGCACCUGGAUUGGGCCCUUCCAGGGAGUCCUGCUCUUGCCGGAGAAGGUUCAAGCAGGUGCCAUCAGGAAUACUCAGCACCUCUGGGAAAUAUAUGACCAAGAUGGGACACUACAGCACUUUAUUGAUGGUGGAGAACCCAGUAAGUCAAGCUGGAUGAGGUAUAUCCGAUGUGCAAGGCACUGUGGGGAACAGAACUUAACAGUGGUUCAGUACAGGUCAAAUAUAUUCUACCGCGCUUGUAUAGAUAUCCCCAGGGGGACAGAACUGUUGGUGUGGUACAAUGACAGCUACACAUCUUUCUUUGGAAUACCUCUCCAGUGCAUUGCACAAGAUGAAAAUUUGAAUGUCCCUUCGACUGUAAUGGAGGCUAUGUCCAGACAAGACACCCUACAGCCAUUUAAUAAAAGUAGCAAACUAUCCCCUGGCACUCCACAGCGAUCCAUAGUAUUUCCACAGACUCCGUGUAGCAGAAAUUUUUCUCUUCUGGAUAAGUCUGGGUCCAUCGAGUCAGGAUUUAACCAGAUCAGUGUCAAAAACCAACGAGUUCUUGCAAGCCCAACUUCAACAAGCCAACUAAAUUCUGAGUUCAGUGACUGGCAUCUUUGGAAAUGUGGGCAAUGCUUUAAGACUUUCACCCAGCGGAUCCUCUUACAGAUGCAUGUGUGUACGCAGAACCCUGACAGGCCCUACCAGUGUGGUCACUGCUCCCAGUCUUUCUCACAGCCUUCAGAGCUGAGGAAUCACGUAGUUACGCACUCCAGCGACAGGCCUUUCAAGUGUGGCUACUGCGGUCGUGCCUUUGCCGGUGCCACCACACUCAACAAUCACAUCCGGACGCACACUGGGGAAAAGCCUUUCAAGUGUGAGAGGUGUGAGAGGAGCUUCACACAAGCCACCCAGCUGAGUCGACACCAGCGGAUGCCCAAUGAGUGCAAGCCAAUAACAGAAAGCACAGAAUCAAUUGAAGUGGAUUAA